CUCGGCACUGGAAGCCUCUGCUCACAGUUUUUCUUCACUUCUCUUGGGUGCCCCACACCAGGGUCCCCUCUUGCCCAAAAUCCGGAUGAAGAAUUUCCUUCUACUAGUGAGUCUGUGUUUCCUUGGAUCUGCCAGAGGAGCAUCAGCUCAAUCUGAGGAGCUUCUUGGCCCUAUGGAUCAUCAAGCAUCAGUUCAGCAACUCUCAAGUGACUACUUUUCACUUGCAAACCCUUCGGAUGAGGCUUUAUAUGAGACUUCUUCACUCGACAACACUUUAAGUGAGCAUGGCUCAAGUGAGACUGCCGCAGCCCAACAUGCUUCUGGUGAGCCGCUGGCAGUUGAACACGCAAGUGGGCCGGCUUCAGUUGAUCACGCUACUGCAGUUGAGCAUGCUCCAGGGGAGGCUGCUGCAGGUGAGCGCACUCUGAAUGAGCACACUUCCGGUGAACAACCUUCUGCGGAACAACCUAUAGGUGAGCAGCCUCUAGGCGAACAGUCUGUCGGUGAACAGGCCAUAGGUGAACAGCCCACAAACGAACAGGUUGCAAGUGAUAAACCUGCAGGGGAGCAGUCUGCAGUGGAACCGAUCUCAGCCGAACAGGUCUCGGGUGAAUCAGCAGGGGAACAGCCCUCAGAACUCCCACCUUCAAGCACAUUUUCAGGCCCAUCGUUAAGCUGCCACACAUGCUCUUAUAUGAAUGACCAAGGAAAAUGUCUUCGUGGAGAGGGAGUCUGCUCCACUCAGAACUCCCAGCAGUGCAUGUUAAAGAAGAUCUUUGAAGGUGGAAAACUUCAAUUCAUGGUUCAGGGCUGUGAGAACAUGUGCCCAUCCAUGAACCUCUUCUCCCACGGAACCAGGAUGCAAAUUAUAUGCUGUCGAAAUCAGUCUUUCUGCAACAAGGUCUAACAGCCUAUGCCUUGGCUUCUUUAUCUGACUCAGGCACAAAAGUCCUCCACCACACUAAUGGACUCAACUUAUAUUUAGUGUCUUCCCCAGGCAACUGCUAAUUACAUCUUUCUCUGCCUGUCAGACCAGAAGCUCUAAUAUCCUAUCUUUCCUCUCCAUGCCAUUACCCAUCCUUCUCUGCCCUCCAUCUUUCCUAUUCCUUUACCCCAUCUCUCAACAUUCUUUUCUUUCUCAAUAAAUUUUGCAUAAUUAAAGA